AUGCCUUCAAAGAUGGACGAGGCAGCUGCCCGCUCUCUCUCACAGUCUAUCAACAUUGCAACCCGUUCCGUUCACACCAAGCUUAACAAGCUCAUCAUAUUCCGCCUCCCUUUGGCUCUUCCACCGCAGACCGAUGACGGCUCCAACUACGUUUCAGGACUGCUCCACGUAGCACCAAUCUACAUCGCUUUCGAGUCGUUGUGGGAGAAGAUUGUGCACUCUGCACCGUCUCAAUCGCCUUCACCAGAGCCCGACACCAGAGCGUCUGGAGGGCAUGUCUGCUCAACGUGUGCGGUCAAGACGGCCGAGACAGACGCCCCCGAUCUCCACACGCUACCAGAAGUCCUCGAGGCAUCACACGUCCCAGCUGUCAGCUCUCGCAUACGCACCAUUCUUUCAGAUCUGGCCUUCCCAGAAAUGAGACGUACAGGUCCUCUUCAGAAUGAUCUCAUGACCCUGACCGGCUGGUCCAGUUGUACCCUUGCCGAGCAUCUGAAUCAUGCUGUCGAAGCACCCGUCCUCAGCUCCUUCCUCCACCACGUCCGACAUGCAGUUGAGACCCGACCGCAUGUGCUCCUGGCCUAUGGUUGGGUUUUAUACAUGGCCCUUUUUUCUGGGGGUCGCUUCAUACGAGCCGCUCUCGAGGCCGCCGGACCAGCCUUCUGGGCCGUGCCGGCAGAUAUUUCGCCGUCGCCUUUGGCCUCCCCAAACGUAAGACCCGAGACCAAGGAGCGAAAUGACGUCGGGCCUUUACAGUUCUUUCGCUUCAACACCUCAGACGACGGCGAAGGGCUUAAACAGAUGUUCAAAGACCGCCUCAUGGAGCUCGAAGUGCUUCUGAGCGAUACAGAGCGCGAGGAAAUUGUGCAAGAAGCCCAGAACAUUUUCGACUUCAUGGUCAAGAUGGUGAUGGAGCUGGAUGAUGUUUGCGGCACAGAUCAAGGUGCUGGUAGCAAGCUGCUUAGUUUGCGCAGCCGAGACAGCGUGGUGGUGGAGAAGGAGCGCCGACAGCAGAAGACGGAACAGGGCCGGUCGUCAAAGUCAGUCGCUGCCUCUGGGAAAUCAGGUGACGGUAGGCGAGGAUGGCUCCGAUUCCUUUGA